CGUCGUGUUUAUCUUAUCAAAAAUUUUGAUUCCAUUUUCAGUGGCCAUCUCGAUUCGCGCGAAAUCAUUGCUCGUCAAAAUUAUUCAUUGAUCCUUGUUGGGAAUCUGUGAACCAUACGUGUUUCUGUUGGCAGAAAUGGCUGGUCUGGACGAGCUGGACCGCUGCCGGUUGUGUUCGUCCCAAAACAAUCUUAGCGACGUUUUCGGCGUGGAGAACAAGGAUGAGCUUUUCCGGAUGAUUUAUGCGUGCACCUCGAUCCGAAUCAGCUUCGAGCGGGACUUUCCCUGUGCGGUGUGUUCCAGCUGCAUCCGAAUCGUCAAACAGUUCUAUUCGUACCGUCAGAAAUGUUUGGAUCACGAUCGGAAUCUGAAACGUUUGCGAGGGGAGAAUGUGGACGAAAAAGACGAAGGCGAGGAAGAUUUCAACACGAAUGUUCCGCUGAAGAACUUGAAGAAGCAAAAGCAGGAGCAAAAAGGUCGCGAUAAAAAGUUCUACGAAGAGGCGAAGCAGCUGAUUCAAAGUUUCCUGGCGACCGAGGUGAAAGAAGUUGAACGGAAGGCGCUAGAAAAGGUGAACGAAAUGUUGAAGAAACGAGAGUGCAACACCGAAGAAGUCUUGCUGCAAAUGACCGUUGAACCGGCCGACGAUAUCUGUGAAGAAGUCGAGUAUGAGGUGUUGAAUGAUUCGACGGCAUUUUGUCAACCGCAGCAGCCACAACAAUCUCAAGAUGACUGUAAAAUGGAGCUGGAAAGCAUUUACUUCGAGACAUCGGAUAACGAAGACGAUAGGGUGGAGGCAAAUUUUGCGGGAUUCGACGAGCGAACCUGCAUCAAGGGUGGUCCCGGAAGUGCAGGGCUUAAGAAAAGAAAGCUUCCUCUGGAGGAUGGCAGUGCAGUAAAUACGCAAACCAAAGCAUUGGAGAAGCAGCUUUCGGAGGCGCAGAAAAAGAUUGAUACACUGACGCAACUCGGCUACGAGCUGGAACUCAAACGGCUGAGAUUGGAGAGUACUGCCGUUGGAGCAGGAGGAGGAAUUGUAGCGACUCGCUUCACCGCGGAAGAAGACAUUCCCAUUACGGUACAGGAGCUGGAGAGGUUGAACGAGCGUUCCUCUUCGGAUAGUGUGUUCGUUGGGAUGCUCAUCACUCGUCUUAUUGAUCCAAACGAAUUGGUUAACAUGAGCGUCACUGGACAGCAAUCGCAUCGGUUCCGCAAGUUGAAAAAGCCUGACGGAUCGCCACUGUAUCCCCCAACGGAGAGAAUCGAUCCUCGGAUCCUUGAUUUUGUCUGCAACAAAGUCGCCGAACGGACGGCGAUGCGCAUCGGACCGGAUGAUAUUCAUACCAUUCGGAAGAACUCCGAGGAGCGGACAAUUAAGCGUUUCAUAGCGCAGAAGAUCGGCAACCUCAAGAAAGCGGACAUCGUGAAGCGAAGCCGAGCCGAGGGAGACACAUCGUGGAACGAAACAACCACAGAAUAAAGGCCAUUUGACGCAAGUUUCGACGAAUUACUUUUAAGUUCUGAUAAGUUUCAAAUAUAAGACAUGAAAUGUACCUUACCAAAUGGCUUUCUCUUUAAAAAGCUGGGACUGAA